AUGGAGAGAAAAGCCCCAUUUGAAGAACAGGUUUCGUCGCCUGCAACACAGCCAUCUCCACCACCUCCACAAUCUCUGCUAUCAUCCAUCAAACAGUCCCCCAAGAUCCUGUGCUACUGUGUGGCUCUCUCGUCCGGCAUCCUGCUAUUCGGAUACGACCUCGUCAUCGUGGGCAAUGUGUCGUCUAUGCCGGAAUUCCAACGCGACUUCGGUCGCCGACUCCAUGGAAAGCUCAUCAUCCCGUCCGUCUGGCUAAGUCUCUGGGACAUUGCCAGCCCCCUGGGCGGUCUAUUCGGCUCCCUCGCCGCGGGUAACAUCCAAGACCGUCUCGGACGACGAUUCUGCCUAGCCUUCGCGAGCACGAUAUCCGCCGUCGCUGUGGCAAUAGCAUACGUUUCAAACCUCCCUGACGAGAUCGACGCUCGCAGGGCAGUAUUCUUUAUCGGAAAGCUCGUGCAAGGCUUCGCCGUGCAUAUCAUCACAUGCACGACGCAGACGUACAUGUCGGAGAUAUUACCCGCGAUCCUGCGCGGCCCGGUUCUGGCUUUCUUCCCGCUGUUCACGCUGCUGGGCCAGUUGAUCGGGAGCGUUGUGGUGUACGAGUCGUUGGAUAUUGGCGGCACGAGAGGAUACAUGAACUGUUUCAUCUCGCAGUGGCCGUUCUCUGCCCUGCCGUUGCUCGUCACGCUGCUUCUGCCGGAGAGUCCGACGUAUCUUAUCCGCAAGGAGCGGAUCAGUGCGGCGCGGAAGUCCCUGAGUCGGCUGAAUUCGACUAGUAUAGAAGCGGAUAAGAACCUCGAGCGGCUGCGCGAGUUUAUCGAGAAGGAAGAUCAGGAGGCGAUCGGUAGUGCGGCUGGAUAUCGGGACAGUCUUAGAGGUAUCGAUCGCCGUCGCACGAUGAUCGUCGUGUUUGCGAAUCUGAUUCCUUCGUUGUUUGGUCUCCCGUUGCUGUCCAAGUGUAGCUAUUACUUGCAGAUUGUCGGCAUGAAGCCGCAUCGAAGCUUCGUCUUCUUGCAAGUUGGCAUUGCGCUGGGGCUGGUGGCGAACCUACUUAGUAUGUGGACUUUGACGAUUUUUGGCCGUGUACCGCUUAUCCUGGCUAGUUUGGGGGUCUCGACUUUUGCAUGGUUGGGAAUGGGGAUUGCGGGCUGCUUCCCAGGGACUGUAAGCACGUGGUACACCGGUUUCACCAUGUUCGUUAUCAUUACUGUCUGCGGUAUAGGCGCGUGGCCAGCGUCCUACGCCGUCGGAGCAGAAGCCUCAUCUCUCCGGCUGCGGGCCAAAACGCAAGGACUGGGUUGGUUCGUUACCGGACUAUCCAGCACCGUCUUCAACCUCGUUUUGCCGUAUAUGUUCAACCCCGACGAGGGCAACUUGCGCGCGAAAACGGGCUUUGUAUUCGUGGGGUUCUGUAUAUUAGGUCUGACGGGAACGUGGUUCCUCGUACCCGAGAUGAAAGACCGGAUGCCAAUUGAGAUUGACGAUAUGUUUGAAGCAGGCACGCCGGCGCGGCGGUUCAGGAAUCAGCUCAGCUCCCUUCAUAUUGCAUAA